AUGCCUGGCCCUCAGAAACUACGUGGAAAGCAUGUUCUAAUUAUAGGCGGCACAAGUGGAAUCGGUCGUGGCGUCGCCAUAGCCGCAAUCCGAGACGCAGCUCACGUCACCGUUGUUGGCUCAUCACAAGCCACAGCUGACAAGGCCGUCCACUAUAUCAAGUCAGAGUUUCCAGAAGCCAAGAUAUCUGGAUACGGCUGUGAUCUAGACUUGGAUAGCCUUGAAUACGAUCUCCAAGGACUCUUCGACAAGAUCGACACAGUAGACCACGUUGUCAUGACGGCUGCCAACUCCCACCCACGACAAACAUCGAUCCAGGCCAUAACGAGUCAAGAGCUUGGCUUGGCCAACAAGAAAUUACAGGCGAUGGUAACUCUGGCAAAGGUUGCUUCACGACGCCUUCCUCCGAGUCGACAUUCCAGUCUUACGUUCACUUCGGGAAGCAUUGCAGAUCAACCCCAGCCUGGGUGCAGUGUCCUUGCAUACAUAGCCCAAGGAAUGCUGGGCCUCGUUCGUGGUUUGGCCUUGGACAUGAAACCUGUGCGAGUUAAUCUUGUCAAGCCCGGCUACGUCCUAGACACCGGGUUAUGGUCGCAAAUUCCAGACGAGCAAAAGUGGAAUGUCCGUGAAGAAUUGGUCCGCAAGAACCCAACUGCUAGUGAGGGCUUGGUUGAGGAUGUUGCUGAAGCAUAUGUGUAUUUGAUGAAGGAUGGAAACUGCACUGGAGAAGUUGUCAGCACGAGGAGUGGGCAACACUUAGUCUAG